AGGAGGAGGAGGAGGAAGAGGCGCAGCCGCAGCGGGAGACCAUGUCCGGGCGGCCCAGGACCACGUCCUUCGCGGAGAGCUGCAAGCCGGUGCAGCAGCCCUCGGCCUUCGGCAGCAUGAAAGUCAGCCGAGACAAAGAUGGCAGCAAAGUGACUACAGUAGUGGCAACUCCUGGACAAGGUCCAGACCGACCACAAGAAGUUAGCUACACAGACACCAAGGUGAUUGGAAAUGGAUCUUUUGGUGUUGUGUAUCAAGCCAAACUCUGUGAUUCGGGAGAGCUUGUGGCCAUUAAGAAAGUCCUGCAGGAUAAAAGAUUUAAGAACCGAGAGCUCCAGAUUAUGAGAAAGCUGGAUCAUUGUAACAUUGUCCGAUUGCGUUAUUUCUUCUACUCCAGUGGUGAGAAGAAAGAUGAGGUGUACCUCAACUUGGUGCUGGACUAUGUUCCUGAAACAGUAUACAGAGUUGCCAGACAUUAUAGUCGGGCCAAACAGACACUCCCUAUGAUUUAUGUCAAGUUGUACAUGUAUCAGCUGUUCCGGAGUUUAGCCUAUAUCCAUUCCUUUGGGAUCUGCCACCGGGAUAUAAAACCACAGAACCUCUUGCUGGACCCUGAUACAGCUGUCCUAAAACUCUGCGACUUCGGAAGUGCAAAACAGCUGGUUCGUGGAGAACCUAAUGUCUCAUACAUCUGCUCUCGGUACUACAGGGCACCAGAGUUGAUCUUUGGAGCCACCGAUUAUACCUCCAGUAUAGAUGUGUGGUCAGCAGGCUGUGUAUUGGCUGAACUGUUACUAGGACAACCAAUCUUUCCAGGUGACAGUGGCGUGGAUCAGUUGGUGGAAAUAAUCAAGGUUCUGGGAACGCCUACAAGGGAGCAAAUUAGAGAAAUGAAUCCAAACUAUACUGAAUUCAAAUUCCCUCAGAUUAAGGCACAUCCAUGGACUAAGGACUCGUCAGGAACAGGACAUUUCACCUCAGGAGUACGGGUCUUCCGGCCCCGCACUCCACCAGAAGCAAUUGCGCUAUGUAGCCGCCUGUUGGAGUACACCCCCACUGCCCGCCUGACUCCCCUGGAGGCCUGUGCACACUCUUUCUUUGAUGAACUACGGGACCCAAAUGUCAAGUUACCAAAUGGGCGAGAUAAACCUGCACUCUUCAAUUUCACCACUCAAGAACUGUCAAGUAACCCAUCUCUGGCUUCGAUCCUCAUCCCUGCUCAUGCUCGGAACCAAGCAGCAGCUUCAACCCCUACAAACGCUACAGCAGCCUCAGAUGUUAAUGCAGGAGAACGAGUUCAGACCAAUAGUGUAGCUACAGCAUCAGCCUCCAACUCCACCUGAACCGGUACCAAGCAGCCAGCUGCACAGGAAAAAUCACCAGUAAUUUGAGUCUUGCUCAGCAACACUGGUCACAUUUGGAAAGAAAAUUAAAAAGAGGAAAAAAAAACAACCAACCAACCAACCUGUUCAUUUUAGUGUUCAAUUUUUUAUUAUUAUUAUUGUUGUUCUUAUUUAACCUUGUAAAAUAUCUAUAAAUACAAACCAGUUUCAUUGUAUUCUCACUCUGCAGGGUGUCCGGGGCAGGGGACUAGGUGGGGGGAGGAGGGAAAGUGGAGCAAUACAACACACCAAUGUCUCUCCCCUCGACAAUCUCUUCAUGUUGGAAGUUUGCUGUUGUGUACUUCAGAACCAGGACUCUUGCCUCAUGCCCUCUCCCACAACGGAAAGAAGGAAAAAA